AUGGCUUAUGACAUUGCGCCCCAUGCAGAUGCAAUGCGGCUGCCAACACCUGCACGCGCGGUGCAGAUUCCCGUUGUGCAGUCCUCCACAGCCAUCACGGCUUUAUCUCCCGUGUGUCGCACCCGGGUCAUUCUUCCUACGGACCGGAGUCCCAAGGCAUCUCCGGUGCUCCGUGGCUUCGGCUUUCCUCAGACCGUUGUCCGGAAGGCACCCGAAGUCGCCAAGGCAGAGGCGAAGCCCGAGGCCGUGCAGCUUUUGCAGCCCGAAGUCGCGAAGGAAGCUGCGGCCACCAAGAGUGUCGAUGCUCCCAAGGAGCCCCUCUCGGUCCCGUCGGACGGCACGGCAAAAGAGGAGCAGAAGGAGAUAAACGAGGCCGCCAAAGAAUCCAAGCUGGACGUGCAGACAGGGCAAGGAGAGCACAGGGAUUCGCCGGACCUUCUGGGCGACUUUCGCUCCCAAACCUCCACGCAGGCCUCCGAGGUCAAAUGUGAAUCCCCUCAGAUCGCUGGAGUACCGGUACUCGAGGAGGAGGUUCGUAGUGUGCGGCCCUUGCCGCCGCGGCCACAGCAUGCACCGGACCUCCGUGAAGUGUUGGCAGAAGCUGUUGACGAUCCAGUUGGCUUUGCCUGGGAGUUCCUGCCGGACAGGCAUCCAGUUGAGGCCGAGGGCGAGCGGCGUUUCGUCGGCGAGUGCCUCGCGCGUGUCGGGCUCGAGCUUCAGGCCGGGGCUUCCUUGGCCAAAUGGGUUUUGUUCGGCUUAUGCCUGGCCGCUGCCGGGGUGAUUUUCUACUCAGGUCUCAACACGCAGCGCCAGCAACGGACAUGGAAAUUCAUGAUAUGUGUGGGAGAGAUGCAGGGAGUACCCCCACAAUCGGACAAGUCCUCUUGCACCGGCACGAUGGAAGUUUGGCGAGUAGGCGCUUCGCCGGGCUUCUUUUUCAAUUUUUCCCCGUGGUUUUUUCCACGUUGGCUGGGAGAGCUCCCGCCACUUGCCGAGACGCAGCUUCCGAGGGUGACCAUGGCACUCCCUGAAGUUGUCCUUGCUGGUGACAGCUGCUCCUUGCGCUUCGAUUCGUUGAAUGUGUGCGAGGACGUGGCGCUGCGAGAUGUUGUGGAUGCGGAGGCGUCCCUGGAGAUCUGGAAGGCAGUGCAAGGCCUGGUGCCGGAGACCUUCGAAGGCUGCCGCUUGACCGGUCCUCAUCCCAAGCUGCGGCUGCUGCAGUGCUCCGGCCCAGAUGUGGUCUUCAAGGAGGCGCUAGGUACCACGGUGAAGCUGCUGCGGAAGGCCAUGGGUGUACGAACAAAAUGCACAUUGGAGAUGUUGUAUUCUCGCCUGACUGUCCUCGUGUAUGUCGCUUGCCCAACAGAGCUUUUGCCGCUCCGGGAGCGAGCUUCGAUCUGUGAGACGAGCCAGACACCAGCCGCAGCCAGCCGUGGGCAACAAAGCUCCGAGAAGAAACAGAAAUACCCACACAGGUCAAUUCCGGCUUUACCGGUGGACACCUGCGCUUUGUGGAUGAUGGCGUGGAUGUGGUAUGAAGCCGAAGCCGAGACUACCCAGCCCCAUCAGACGACGACGGGGCUGACUGAUAUGGAAGUCAGGUGGCCCUUUGUGCUGGCUGCGAGGGCUGUGGGGCGUGGCUUCUCUGUGGCCAGUUCGGAAGUGUGCGACUUCCUCAGUCGACCAGCCUUGGUUGAGCGCACCCUGGCCUUCGUCGGCACGAAGCGCCAAGAGUUGAGUCGACUGGUUGCUGACGCCGGAAGCGGGCCGCAAGAUGCGCGACGACUGGAGGAGCUGCUGGACUUCGUCUUGGCUUACGACACGGAGGAUCUUGGGGAUAUCUUGGGAGGCCGUGGCUUCAUGUCCAUGACCAUGGCCCUGGCAACGCCGGCGCUCAGGUUGAAAGCAUACAAGGCCUGGGAAGCAGCACGCUGUCUUCACGGUGAUGAGAAGUGCGUCUUACUGGCGGAGACCUUGCUGAAGGAUACUUCCGACCCCGAUCCGGAGGUACGGUUGGCUUCUGUGGGCUCCUACUUCUUCCUCAUCCCCAAAGAGCAUGAAGAGGUGCGAUCUCAAGCGAUCACCAAAGUCCUGGAGCAGGAGGAGGACCCCGCAGUGCGCCACCGGGCCGUGCAGGGCAUCGCCAACUUAGUACAGGCCGCCAAGCAAAGUGCGGAGGAGGUGGCGACACUCCGCCAAAGCUAUGCGGAGACUUUGAGGAAGAUCGCAUCUUCCGCGUCUUCCUCCUUGGAAACUUCUCUGGCCCUCCGUGCCCUCGCAGAGCUGGCCAUGAGCCAGCCCGUCCUCCUGCUGGGUUGCUGGUGCUGGUUGCAGAAGCUCUUCUUUCGAGAUGGCCGUGGCUGCGUUCACCCGGUUUCAACCUGGUAUGUGCAGAAGAGAGAGGACUUGACGCAGCUCCACUGCCGACUUGAGGCCUCGGAGACGGAAAACGUACCGCUCCAGGUCCUGCGCGUGGUGCUCGAGGAGACGCUGCAGGAAAGAGUUCGACGGGGUGGACAAGGCAUUUUCGUGCAAGCUGGAGUGAUGAUGUCCAUGGGCAACAAGAAGGUGGUGAAGAUCGCAUGCAGUUGCGACGGCAGCGAGGGCCACCUGUCAGUGUGUUGGGAUUGGGAUGUCAAGCUUGAGCCAAAGUGCGACCAUUAG